ACGAGUGGAACUGCGCACAGAACACUGGGUCGGCCACCAUGUCUUCCGCGAAAGAAUAUCGGAUGCGGAGGUUAGGGGAACGCGCGCGAUCAAUUUGAAGAGAAGCACUCUGAGGUCUAGAUCGGAAAGCGAGGGCUGUUGGAGAGACAAGAGCACACUUGGUGGUUUGCGACCUCGCGCCAGUAUGCGGCGCAACACGGUGUCGGAAGAGCUGCCUUCGGCAAGAGUGCUGGCCCAACGCGUUAGGGCGGAGCGCUGCCGCUCGGUAAAGCUUGCCUGGCUCACCUCCUCGGCGACGGCUCGGAAGGUGAGGAUGAGCGGUGAGGAGGCGGUGUGGGAUGUGCUGCAGGGUCACGUGACCGCUGCGCGCAGGCCCGCCCCCCGGCUGCUCAAGGUGUUCAUCGCCUCCACCAGGACCGAUUUCGCGGAGGAACGGCGACAGCUGCUGGAAGUGGUGGGCCCAGAGCUGCAGAGCCAGUACGACAACAUGGGGCUGGAGGUGGAGCUGGUGGACAUGCACUACGGCACGGCCGGCGACCCCGCGCUGGACGCGCCGCUGUUCGAGGACCACCUGCACGAGAUCCGCCACUGCCACGCGGUAUCCCGCGGCUGCUUCUUCCUGUGCCUGGUGGGCAACAAGUACCUGCCGUACGCGCUGCCGCGGCGGCUGGACGGCGAGACGUACGAGGCGCUGUACGCCGCGGCCGCCGACCUCUCGCUGCGCGCCGACCUGCUGCACACCUGCUUCUGCCGCGACGACGCCGCGCCGGCCGCCACCUACGUGCUGCAGCAGCCCAGCGACGUGACGACGGCCGAGUGGGCGUCGACGGCCGCGUCGCUGGCGCAGGUGGUGCAGGCGGCCGCCAGGCACCUGCUGUGUGCGGAGAGCACGGGCCAGCCCGCCGCCGCCAGGUACCGCCAGCUGGCGCUGUCCGCCGUCGAGAGGCAGUUCAGCCACGCGCUCGGUCUGGCGCCCGGCACCGCUCACCGCAUCCUGGCGGUGGUUCGCGACUGGGAGAAGCUGCCGCCCCCGGAGGAGUGGGAGGCGGAGGCGGAGGGGGCGGGGCCGCUCGACUUCCAGGACCCGCCGGGCCCGCAGCGGGAGCAGCUCAAGAACUUCCGCGACCGCCUGGCCGCCUCGCUGCCCAACGAGAACCGCGUCUACCUGGCCGUGCCCUGGAGCUCCAGCAGCCCCGGCCUGGACCCGGACAGCGAGGAGCACGAGGCGUACCUGACCAAGUUCCGCGAGCUGGUCACCGCCAAGCUGAAGGCGCUGAUCGCCAGGAGCCUCGAGGAGGAGCCGGAGGUGAAGGCCCGCAACAAGGCGGUGCAGGAGGUGUUCCAGGAAGCGCAGAGCCACCUGGAGCUCAUCUCUUCGCCAGACAUGGAGCCGUCCCUCCAGGACCCAGGGGGCGGCUGGUCCGAGUGUCUGGAUAAAGUGAAGGCCAUGAUGGUGGCCGCCGCGCAGGGCACAGGUGAGCGCCGGCGGCACGUCUGUGUGUGA